GCUUAUAUGUUAAAACAAUAUGAAAUUUAUGUGUGUUUAGUAUAUGAUAUAGAAGUAAAAGUCAACACAGCCGGUGUUGAAGCGUAUCCAUCUGGUCGAGCGCAGUCAUUCGCAGGUGGACUCCCAAUUGGUUUAAUUAUCGUAGUCGUUCAAAAUGCUCACCGAGAUUAUGAAUUACGACUAAGGCAGGCUUUGCAAGAAACUCCACAAUCAGAAAAAUUAUUAAAUUUAAAAAGAGGCUGGGAAAGUCACGAAUACGAUGAAGACUGGGCUUGGUAUGAGGAUGAGAAAAUUAUCCGGAAAGCUGAUAAAAAAGUAAAGAGAGGGAAACUCAAGGCACAUGUUGCAUUUAAUGAAAAUUUGGAUGAAAGGCCGAACAUUAAAAAGCCAUCUGACAAAUUGGCAUCAUCUUCUAAAGAUCAUGGUGAAGUCCCAAAGAAAACUACCAAUAGACAGUUCAAAAACCAAAUCGGUGACACCAAUAAUAAGGAGAAUGAGGAUGGUAUUGAAGAAGUUAACGAAGUAAGCAACUAG